GGAGGUCUGAGGAGCAGCUGGAAGGAGCCUCAUCAGCAACUUUGGACAUUUCUUAUUAUCAUUUUUGUAUUUUCUACACGGUGAUUCUCCUCCAUCGUGGUUCCCAGGUGUUGAGAUGCUUCACGUCUUCACGCACCUGAUGGGCCUCGUGUGUCUGAGCGCCGCUCGGCCCCAGCCAGCCCCCCCCGUCCCCAUGACGAUGCGGAGCAACCCCCCAUUGACCGGCUCUCUGGGUCGUGACGUCAUUUUGCCGUGUCAAUUCUCCAUCCCGCCGAUGUCCCUGGUCACUCCGACACCCGGGUCGCACCCCCCCGCCGCCCCGGAGGAGCUGCGGAUCAAGUGGACGAAGCUGCAGAAGGACGGGGAGGAGGUGGUACUGGUGACCCAGGGGGGGGUGGCGAAGGAGGGGCAGCGCUACGCGGGCCGACUGUCGUGGCAGAGCCCCCGGCCGUCGGGGGGCGACGCCUCCCUGAAGCUGGGGGGGCUCAGGGCGAGCGACGCGGGGGUGUACCGCUGUGAGGUCAUUCACGGGAUGGAGGAAGCCCAGGAAACCCUCCGCCUCGACGUCAGCGGUGUGGUGUUCCACUACAGGGCGAACACCAGCCGCUACAACAUUAACUUCCACGCCGCCUUGGAUGCGUGUCGCUCUGCGGGCGGCGACAUCGCCACGCCCGACCACCUGGAGGCCGCCUUCGAGGACGGCCUGGACCAGUGCGACGCCGGCUGGCUCGCCGACCGCUCCGUCAGGUACCCGAUCAGAACGCCGCGGCCCGGCUGCUACGGCGACAUGGGCAGCCGACCAGGCGUGAGGACGUAUGGCGUCCGUGACGCCUCGGAGGAGUACGACGUGUACUGCUUCGCGGGGAAGCUACGCGGGGAAGUCUUCUACCCGUCCUCUGUCAGUGCUAAGCUAACGCUACAGGAGGCCCGGGGCGAGUGCGAGAGGCAUGGCGCCGUGCUGGCCUCCCCUGGUCAGCUGUUUGCGGCCUGGAGGGAGGGGCUUAACCGCUGCGACUACGGCUGGCUGUCGGACGGCAGCGUCCGCUACCCCGUCACGCAGCCCAGGCCUCAGUGCGGGGGGGGGCUGCUGGGGGUCCGCACGCUCUACCAGUACCCCAACCAGACCGGAUACCCGGACGCCAGCGACAGGCACGGACUCUACUGCUACCGAGAGCCAUCGACUACGAGUCCUCCUCCGACGACUGAACCCACAACCCCCCCCGGACCCGUACAUCCCAGAAGACCUGGAACCCAAACACGGGAGCCUGUCGCACACCUCUCGACAGAGAGGCCCCUAACCGACCAACCCACCCCCCCCCACACCACGGCCUCCGCGACCCCCAUCGGCGACUACGACCCUCUGGACGAUGACGCGGUCAGCCUGCAGUCGCUCCCCAUGCAGCUUCCCCCGUUACCCGCCACCAGGCUGCAGCCCCCGCAGCUCGACAUCUCCGAGGCGGGGGCGGAGGAGGGGGGCGCGAACAGCGCGGAGGGGGGCAGCAGCGGCGGUCGCUGGAGUGGGGCCGAGGCGGUGACUCUGGUGACCUCCAGGCUGGGGGGUGAAACGUCCACGCCGCAGCGUCAGGCUCUCACCGCCGGGGGGGUCGCCCCAGAGACUCACACCCCGGGACCGGGCGUACCAGGGGGGGCGGUAGAGGCGGGGAAACGGCCCGCGGUCGUUUUUAAAGAGGAGGUCAGCCCUGAAACCGCGUUGACCUUUGACCUGGACCAGUCUUCAGCCAAGUCGCCAGUCCACCUCAUCAUCGUCAGCAUGCUCCAUCAGAACCAGUCGGUCUCCCACAUCCUGGACAUCCUGAACCAGCCGGCCAUGGUCCUCGACGGUCCCCACUUCCCCCGCAUCACCGACCUCUCCCAGGGGACCAGCCAGGGGAUCCAAGGCAGCGGGGACGCUGAUCUUCUGGUCUACCCAAUGGACCUGCCCCCCACCGUCAGCUUCAUCAACGGAAAACACCAGGUGACCUUUGAGCCGCAGCUGCCGGAGGAAGCCAGAGGAGAUCAGUUUGAGACGGCAACACCUGUCCAGGUAGACAAGGAGGAGAGAGACGAGAUGACUCCCUUUGACAAUGAGGUCAUAGAAAUCCCCGGAGAGGAGACGCAGAGAGAGGAGACGCCUGCCAAGGAGGAGGUUGUCUUCACUGACUCUGAGGGAGUCAUGACUCGAGGACCGGUUGGUCAGAUCGCACCAGGAACCACCAGCACCACCACGACUCCACCUCCUCUCGCCGCCUCAGCACCACCAGGCCCAGUCUCCCCCGAGACCCCCGUCCCCACUGAGGUGUCCUAUGAGGAGACAGAGGGCUCUGCGGACAUGGACCAGACCACCAUGAACCAGACCACCAUAACCCAGACCACUACGGACCAGACCACCACAGACUUGACCACCACAGACCAGACCACCACAGACCGGACCACCACAGACCAGACCACCACAGACCAGAUCACCACAGACCGGUCCACCACGAACCAGACCACCACAGACCGGACCAUCACAGACUGGUCAACCACCGACCAGACCACCACAGACUUGACCACCACAGACCGGUCCACCACGGACCAGACCACCACGGACCAGACCAUCACAGACCAGAUCACCACAGACCGGUCCACCACGGACCAGACCACCACAAACCAGACCAUCACAGACCAGAUCACCAUAGACCGGUCCACCACGGACCAGACCACCAUAAACCAGACCAUCACAGACCAGAUCACCACAGACCGGUCCACCACGGACCAGACCACUACAAACCAGACCAUGACAGACGAGACCACCACAGAGCAGAUCACCAUAGACCGGUCCACCAUGGACCAGACCACCACAGACCAGUCUGCCGUCAUGACGGACGAGACAGAAAUCGGUGGAACGGAGCCUUCAACAUUAGUCCCAGAGGCACCAGGGACCACCACGGGGGCGCGGGCGGAGGACCCGGAGGGUUCGGCCUCUGGAGAAGACGGGGCUUCGGGACAAGACGAGGCUUCGGGACAAGACCCCCAAGAGCUGCCCUCACCGGUUUACUCCACACAGCAACCUCCACCUGCCGAACCGGUCACGGAGGUGGCCUCAGGUGCAGAGCAGCUGUCUGGAGAGGGGGAGCAGCGGGGUCCGGUUGACCCCCCCAGAGAGGUCACAGCUACCGUUAUAGCAGAUGUGGUUGCUGUAACUUUCAGAGAGCCAACCACAGAGGUUAAGAAGGACGCAACCCCCCUUGCCCCCGCUGAACCCACAAUCCCCAUAGACCAUAUGUCUGCCUCAAGCUCCGCCCACUACGUUACCGAGCGCUUGUACACGUUUGACCACGAGACCCGCUCCGUGCCCCAGUGGGCUCUGAUCCCAGACCCUGCCGCCACCCCCCUGCCCGGGGAGCAGUUUUUGGACUAUGACUCAGAGAUGGCCCCCCCUCUGGUGGAGGCGCGCCCCCCCACGCAGCCGGAGAGCAGCCCGCAGCCUGAUGGCGCCGUGGAGGUCAGCACGGGGGACCUCAGAGAUCUGCUGCUGUGCUCCGCCGGCCUCUGCCUCAAUGGAGGCUCCUGCUUCCAGGAGACCUCACAGAACCUCUGCGUCUGUGCACCGGGAUUCACCGGCCCGCGCUGUGAGACAGAGGUGGACGAGUGCCGGUCCAACCCGUGUCUGAACGGAGCCACCUGUGUGGACGGAGUGAGCUCCUUCACCUGCCUCUGCCUGCCCAGCUACUCGGGGGAGCUCUGUGGACAAGACACGCAGGUCUGUGGACCCGGGUGGGAGAAGUUUCAGUCUCACUGCUACAAGUACAUCACCCACCGGCGCACCUGGGACGCUGCUGAGCGGGAGUGUCGUCUGCACGGCGCCCACCUGGCCAGUGUCCUGUCCCAGGAGGAGCAGCUGUACGUCAACGGUCUGGGCAGUGACUACCAGUGGCUCGGCCUGAACGACAGAAUGUUCGAGAGGGACUUCAAGUGGACAGACGGCAACCCGAUGCAAUACGAGCACUGGAGGCCCAACCAGCCGGACAGCUUCUUCCAGUCGGGGGAGGACUGCGUGGUGAUGAUCUGGCACGAGGGGGGGCAGUGGAACGACGUGCCCUGCAACUACCACCUGACCUUCACUUGCAAAAAGGGCACAGUGUCCUGCGGGCCCCCCCCCGUGGUGAAGGACACCCGGGUGUUCGGGGCCCUGAAGCCUCGCUACGAGAUCAACUCUCUGCUCCGCUACCACUGCAAACAGGGCUUCAUCCAGAGACACGCCCCCACCAUCCGUUGCCGGGCCGACGGCCAAUGGGAUGCCCCGAAGGUCACCUGCACAAGCCCGGAAACCUACAGCAAGUCAUUGGCUCUACGGCGCCGCAAUCACCAGGACCACCAGGCCCACCAAAGCCAUCAAAACCAUCAGGUCCACCAGGACCACCAAAGCCAUCAGAACCAUCAGGUCCACCAGGACCACCAUGUCCCCCGCCCCGAGAGACGACAGAUACCCAAUCCGAACCAGCAGCAGAGCCACAGCUUCAUGCUGAGCCACUGGACCCCUCCCCAGAGAGAGAAGAGGCAGCAGACCGCCAACCAGAUGAGACACUGAGCCACACUUGUGGCGGGGUUUAGCUUAGCUUAGCAGUGGCGGCCAAACACGGUUCCGGAGGCGUCCAUAGAGAGACGAGCCGGACUGUCUAUUGACGCCUAUGUACAUGACAAGGGGCGUGUUCCUCAUUGCCCCCCCCCCCCCCC